CUUUAAUCUUUGCUCUAACGAGAUGUUAUUUGUUAGGAUAGGAUGUACCUAAUGUUUUAGAACCUAGAAUUUAAUGAUAAUGAUAUCUUCUUAUCAAUUAUCAUGUAGCUAUCUCUGAGCCUUGUAUGUUAUAACCUUCCUACAAUACAAUAUACAUUUUAAUCUGUGUAAAGAACGCGAUAAGACCGAGAUUGUCGUCAUUAAAAUAAUAUAAUUGUAUCAACUAUCAUCUAUGCUAUUUAUCUGGGAGUACGCAAGAAUAAAAGCUAUUACAUUAUUGCAGAAAAAUAUUAUAAAAUUAAAAUGGCACAUUCAUCAGCAUCGGAAGGAAGUAUUAAAAGUGGAGUUAUUGAUUUCACAGCAGGAUCACUUGGUGGAGUGGCUGUUGUCUAUGUAGGUCAACCACUAGAUACAGUAAAAGUAAAAAUGCAAACAUUUCCCCAUUUGUACAAAGGAAUGUUUGAUUGUUUGAAGCAGACAUUCAGAAAUGAUGGUAUAGUUAGAGGAUUAUAUGCAGGCACAACUCCAGCAAUAAUAGCCAAUGUGGCAGAAAAUUCUGUUUUGUUUGCUGCAUAUGGAUACUGUCAAAAAUUCGUGUGCACUAUAACAGGAACAGAGAAUGUAGAACAACUGUCUACAUUGGAAAAUGCAUCAGCAGGAUUCCUCGCAUCAUUCUUCUCUUCAUUUACACUGUGCCCCACAGAACUAAUCAAGUGUCAGCUCCAGGCAAUGAGAGAAGUCAAUGUGCAGGGCUCACAAACAGCUUUAAAGAUAACACCUAUACAGCUCACACAGCAAAUAUUUAGACAGUAUGGAAUACAAGGUCUAUUUAGAGGAUUAGUUCCUACUAUUAUGAGGGAAAUGCCAGGAUAUUUCUUCUUUUUCGGAGGAUAUGAAGGAACAAGAGAAUUUUUGGCAAAACCAGGCCAAUCUAAAGAUGAUAUUGGUUUUUUUAAAACAAUGGUAGCGGGUGCUGUUGGUGGCCUGAUAUUAUGGACUGUGAUUUUCCCAUCUGAUGUUAUAAAGUCCAGAGUACAAAUUUCUAAUAAAAAGCAAAAAUUUUUAACUGUCGGCAUGGAUAUAAUAAGAAAUGAAGGUGCACUUGCGUUAUAUAAUGGUUUGAAACCGACAUUAGUUAGAACAAUACCAGCCACGGCAGUGCUAUUUGUAGUGUAUGAAUACUCGAAAAAGUUCAUGCAUCAAACAUUUUAGAACAGUAUCUAGAACAUUAAGUAGUUAAAUGGACUAUUAGAAUAUACCAUAAUUAUUUCAAAGCUUAGAUAUGAAUGCUAAUUUAGAGACUGUGGUAUACAGGGUGAUUUAAAUUCCGUUUGGAGAUUUGUCUCAUCAGAAUACCCAAUUAAAAUCAUUAGAUUUUAUAUUUCUUAAUAUCCAGAAAUGUCUAUAAAAUCUGUUCAUUCUACUAAAUGUGCGAACAUCUAGUACAAAAGCAAGAUAGUUUAGUAAACAGCUGAGUAGCGCGUGAUGCGGCAUUUGAAAUAAAAUUAAUCAGCCUAAAGGCGUUUUUCGUUGGUGAAUUAAACUUUAUCUAUAUUUUUAAAAAUAGUUUUUAUUUGUGGAAUAACUACACCAAAGGCAUUUGCUCCGAUUACUUAUUUACACCCUAUUUUUUUUUCGACGUAAUAAAUAGCACCCUGUAUUAUAUAGGUACAUAUAUACAGUAAUUUUUAUAUUGUUAUACUAUUGAGUUUAUUAACUACACAUUUUAGCCAGCUUGUAGUAAUAAUUAAAUAUGGACCAAAUAUUUUGUUAAUAAAUCUGUUGAUUUUU